GCUGCAGCGGGACGCACCCUAUCAGAACGAGGACCGCCGGACACUCCACCCGUUCGUUCGCGCGCGCGCGCGCGUGUGUCAGUGUGUGUGUGUGUGUGAGUGCGUGCGUGUGUGUGUGAGUGAGUGUGCGUGUGUGCCUAGUUUGCGGCGACAAAGUCGUGAGUUUCUAUACUCCCGGCGUUAACAGCUGCGCACACAAACAUCCCUGUCGGAUACCUCUCUGCCGGCCGACCCACGAGUCACUCCCAGCUAACAGCGUCCACGCCAUGACGGACUAGUGCACGCCUCGACCAGCACCCCAUCUCCACCAACCGCCUCGCGCUUCGCCAGACGCCAGUCCCUCCCGACGACUGCCAUGGCGUCCCGGACGGCGACCCUGCUGGCGGCGCUGCUCGCCCUGGGCGCGGUGAUGUGCCACGAGCAGCAGCACCGCUUCGCCGCCCCCAACUCCACGGCGUCCACCACGACGUCCACCGCCACGCCGGCGCUGGUCGUGGAGGAGGGCGGUGGCCGUUUCGAGUACGUGGAGGUGAGCAGCGCGACGCCCAGGACGGCCUCCAAGGGGCCGGAGUCCCGCGGCGACGUGACCGCCGCCAUGGACCCCGUGACGCGCGCCGGCCUGCAGUUCCUGUCCAACAUCUACAACCCCCACCACUGGACCAUCCCGUCCGGCGACGACCCCGCGGCCGCAGGGCCUCUGGGCCAGACCGGCGCGGCGUGCCGCAGGCAGCUGGGGACGUACCUGUCCGCCCUGGACAACGGCACCACCUGGGCAGUGCAGAUGACGGACGCCAGCGGCCGCUACUCGUCGCAGUUCUUCUUCGGCAACGACUUCUGGCUGGGCUCGCACACGCUGUGCGAGCAGCUGGGCACGCCCUACGCGCUGGAGAACCCGCCCUACCCCGUCACCUUCCACGUCCUGCAGAUCAAGGUGCACCUGGACACCGUCCUCACGCCCCACCCCCGCCUGCUGCACCUGGGCGUGUGCCUGCCCAGGACAUGCGACCCCAAGGACAUCACGACGCUGCUGCACGCCGCCGGCCGCAGCGGCGCCAUGUCCUUCAGGACGCCCAAGGCGCUCCGCGGCACCGCCAAGACCCCCUCCAUGGAGGUGGUGCGCCUCCGCAAGGUGCCCGGGCCGUACGUGCUCAUGGCCGACACCAAGCUCCACAUCCUCGCGGGCGUGUCCGCCGCCGUGAUCAUCCUGAUGGUGGCGGGCGCCGUGCUGGAGGAGGUGACCAAGCGCACGGCCAGGGCCACGUCCUCGCCGCACCAGGCUGACUCGGAGCAGCAGGCGGGCCGCGGCGGCCAGGCCCAGGAGAUGCAGGAGCGGUCCUCCAAGGCGAUGGCCGCGUCGCCGAAACACAAGACGACCGAGCCGCUGCGGCAGAAGCCAGGAAUAAUGGUGCAGAUCGUGAUGUCGUUCUCGCCGCUGUCCAACGGCGCCAAGAUCUUGAACAUCGACGUGCAGGAGGACGACACCCUCACGGCCGUGCACGGCCUCCGCUUCCUGUCCCUGGCCUGGGUCAUCCUGGUGCACACGUACCUGCAGGUGUUCGCCAUCGCUGAAAACAAGACGCUGCGCACCAUCACCGAGCGCAACUUCCUCUUCCAGACCGUCAGCAACGCCACGUUCUCCGUCGACACCUUCUUCUUCAUCAGCGGUCUGCUCGUCGCCUACCUGUACUUCAGGACGACCUCCAAGACAGACAAGGCGGAGGCCGGCGCCAAGGUGGACCCGCACCCUGGCCCCGUACACAAUACCGCCCGUAGCGACACCAAGAAGGAGGCGAACAUCUUCAAGCAGGCCGGCACCAAGUUCCUCAUCCUCAUCGUCUACCGAUUCAUCAGGCUGAUCCCCGCGUACCUGUUCGUGCUGGGCAUGGUGGAGCUGAGCAUGAGGUGGAUCCACAACAACUCCGUUUUCGAGCCCAAGAUUCUGGACCACCUCAACUGCGACAAGUACUGGUGGAGGAACGCCCUCUUCAUCAACUCGCUGUUCCCGAAGAAGGACAUGUGCAUGCUCUGGAGCUGGUACAUGUCGAACGACACGCAGUUCUACGUCAUCGGAGUCCUCCUGCUGCUCUUCUCAGGCCGAUACUUCCGCCUGGUGGCGGGCGCCGUGCUCACGCUCAUGGCCAGCUCCUGGAUCACGACGGCCUUCGUGUCGGUGCAGUACGAGUACCGCGCCAGGAUUGAGGAGCCGUUCGCAAAGUUCGACGAGCUGUACGACAAGCCGUGGACGCGCAUAGGGCCGUACCUGGUCGGCAUGAUCACCGGCUGGCUGCUCUUCAAGACCAACGGAAGGAUACGGAUGACCACGCCCAUGGUGGUGCUGGGGUGGUUCUUGUCCCUGGCGUGCCUCACAUCACUCGUGUACGGCCUGCUGCACCAGAAGCUGGGCGCGGCCUCCUCGGCAGCCUACGUCUCGCUGGGGCACACGGCCUGGAGCAUCGCCCUUGGCUGGAUAGUCAUCGCCUGCUGUACGGGACACGGAGGGUAUAUAAACGAGGUGCUAUCCUUCCGAGCCCUGCAGCCACUGAGCAGGCUUACGUACUGUGCCUACCUGCUGCACCCCAUGAUUCAAGUGCUCACAUCCUACCAGAUGGACGGCCCCCUCCACCUCCACAACGCACUUGUGCUGACUUUGUACUUUGGCAAUGUGGUAGCUUCAUUCAUGCUCGCCUUCGUCAUUUCCCUGGCAUUUGAAGCACCAGUCGUCAGAAUGUUGAAGAUUGCUAUCUCCCCACGAAGCAAUACAGAAUAAAGGAGAAAUAACCAAGUGAUUCCAGAGAAUAAAGUCUAACUUCAGCAUUCUGAAAAGGUUGUGCACUGCUGUCGCUGCACUCUGUGAGUUGGUCCAGUGGAAUCCUAUUCAAUCAAACAUGAAAGAAGAAAUUGUCGGAAGAAAUUAUGGGAACCUAGUGUAUUUUAAAAAUUUAAAACUUUGUUAUGUCUUCAAAGUCCCUUUAAAAAUUUCUGUUUCUUUUUAGAUUGAAUUUUUUGACUGAUUAUGCAGAUGUACAAUGUGCAUUUUAGGGACAUGUCUGGCUGUUCUUGCAGUAACACAGAAUAAGUUUGUUUAAGAUUUACCUUGUACCUAAAGCUGAUGGACUUGGGAAGGAUUAAGCUCUUCUAAGCAAAUAGUAAAAGAAUGUGAAAUAUUUAGUGUUGCCAAGGGUUGACACCUGAUUUGCUCAUCUGAUUUAUUCAAGACGGGAGACUGAUCUUUUGUACUAUAACUGGAAAUUAUUUUGUACACAUUUAAGUUAUAAGUCUUAGAUUAGAGAAGAGAAUGAGAUCCUUAGAUUUUAAUUAUGUGACAGGGUGAAAAUAGAGAAUUGUUGUUAAAAUUGGCAAACACAUUAAGAUUUUGAUGUAAUUUUUUUUUUAAGAAAAAUAAAAAAGAAACAAACUUUGAAAUAUUUAGACCUAUGAUCUUGUGAUAUUGUCACUUGAUGUGUCCUGUAAGUGUAGGAGAUGCUUCAAAUAGUUAGCCUCUCUGUCCUGAAAGAAAUCAUCAACCUAGAUGACUCACUUCUUCAGGUUGAAGGUCGCCUAGUCCAAAGCCCAUGUAAAUAUUAAAAUUGUGACAUCUACGCACAUUGAUUAAAAAUACUUUUGUGUUCUAAUGUGUCCUGUGCAAAGUUACCUCUGUAAAUUAGGUUUAAGAUUCUGUUAUGUUUGAUGAAUUUUGUUGUUGCAUUUCUAAGGCCAUCAAUCUCUAGCACAGUAAGAAUUGUGCAGCAGGGAAUUGUGAAACAAUAUCAAAUACACUGCAGCAGCCAAUGUGGACAAAAUUACUAAUAGUGUAAUUUUGUUAUUUAUUUUCUAAUGUACAUUAUUUUAAAAACAUGAUGUGAGUAAAAAUCAACUGAUUUGUCAAGUCACAUGUUCUUGUGCUUUGUAUUGUGAUAAUUUUAUUUUAAAAUAUAUUU